GGGAGGAGAGGUGGAGAGCCACGGCGGGCCGAGACUUUAAAUCGCCUUCAUUUCCCCCAAAUCCUUCCUUUCCUCUCCUCCCCCAGGCCGGCGGGGAGGCAGCUUCCACCGCCCUCUGCGCGCCCUCUCUCGGCCCCGCUCUGCCUCCGGGGACCGCCAGCAGCCCGCUUCCAAAAGUUUGAUCAUCUCUCCUUUCUCCCCCUGCUUCUUCGUCCUUUUCGGUGGAAGCAGAAGAGCGAGGCAGGGGCGAGCGCGGCGCCGGACUCCUGGGACCAUGGGCCCGGUGCGGGGGCCCGCGGGGCCCCAGCCGCGCUGCCUGCCUGCUCUGGCGCCCCGAGGCGCCGGGCUGCGCUGCGGGAACGGGGGCCGCGCGCUCUGAGCCGGCCUGGAGAGGCGGCGCGGGGGGCUGGCGGCCCCAUGGGGCGCGCCCACUCUUGCCCCCCGGGCUCGGGAGCAUGAAGUAGGGGCCCGCCAUGGGAGCGGGAUCGGCGCGGGGGGCCCGAGGCACAGCGGCGGCGGUGGCGGCGCGCCGGGGGGGGUUUCUCUUCACCUGGAUCUUAGUCUCAUUUGCCUGUCACCUGGCCUUCACCCAAGGAGCUCCUGAAGAUGUGGACGUUCUCCAGCGGCUGGGCCUUAGCUGGACAAAGGCAGUGGGCGACCGGAGCCCCCCUCCACCCCCAGGAGUCAUUCCAUUCCAGUCGGGCUUCAUCUUUACGCAGCAUGCCCGGCUCCAGGCCCCUUUGGCCACCAUCAUUCCUGCCGCCCUGGGCACAGAGCUGGCGCUAGUGCUGAGCCUCUGCUCCCACCGCGUGAACCAUGCCUUCCUCUUCGCCGUCCGCAGCCGGAAACACAAGCUGCAGCUGGGCCUGCAGUUCCUCCCUGGCAAGACAGUGGUUCACCUGGGGCGUCGGCGCUCUGUGGCCUUCGACUUAGACGUGCAUGACGGCCGCUGGCACCACCUAGCCCUGGAGCUCCAUGGCCGCACAGUUACCCUGGUGACAGCCUGUGGGCAGCGCCGGGUGCCUGCCCCUCUGGCUUUCCACAGGGACCCAGCACUUGACCCCGAGGGCUCCUUUCUCUUUGGGAAGAUGAGCCUCCACGCGGUCCAGUUUGAAGGUGCCCUGUGCCAGUUCAGUAUCUACCCUGUGGCGCAGGUUGCUCACAAUUACUGUACCCUCCUGAAAAAGCAGUGUGGACAGGCUGACACAUACCGGCCCCAGCUGGGACCCCUCCCCCACCGCGACUCUGGCACACUCUUCACCUUCCAGACCAACCUUGCCCUGCUAGGCCUGGAGAACCUGACCACUGUCAUGCCAGCCCUGGGGUCACGGCCAGCAGACAGGGGGCCCAAGGUGACUGUGGUGGCCACCACACCUGCCAAGCCCCUAAGGACUAGCUCCACAGACCCUCACCAGCGUGUCACAGCGGGGGCCCUAGCUGCCAAGCAGCCAACCAGUGACGUGCUUCCUCCCAUACCCCCAGCCUCUCCUGUCGGCUCCACCACACCUGUCCAGCCAUUGUGGAAGAGCGCAGCCACCAAAAUCCCCAAAAGUCACCCAACCAGGCCUUCAGCCCCUUCUUCACUUGCCCCUGUCAAAAGCUCCCACCCCACCCAGACGGCAACUCAGCCUUCCUUCACAAAGUCAGCCCCAGCCACCGAGAAGCCAGUGCCACCCACUUCCCACCCAGCUCCUGCCAGAUUCUCCCGUCCCCUAGUGAAGUCGAUCCAGAGGAGCCCUGUUAUGCCCAGACCACCACUACCCAGCACCCAGCCCCUACCUCCUGCCGCUGAACCCUUUAAAAAGCCCUCUGCCUCAGUUGUCCAUGCUGAGGUCAAGAUAAGCAGUCGUGCCUUUGAGCCAGCUGCUGCCCGCACCAGUGCACACAGAUCUUCCCAACCCACUGUUUUGCCCACAUCACUUGCCCCCAGGCCUGGGUCUACCAGGACUGCUCGGCCACUGGCCACAGCAAUGCCUCCCACCCUCACUCCUGGUUCAGCCCCUGCUGGAAGAAAGAAGUCCACUGGAUCAGAAGCCAAAAAGAAAACGAGGUCCAAGAGCAGGCGCCAGAAGCCCGGCCCCCUCAAAUCCGGGAAAGCAGCCAGGGAUGUCCUGUUGAACGAUCCGACAACUGGGCCCAGCUCCAGACAGCCCUGGCCUGGCCAGCUGACCACCCCAGCCCCGGCAUUGGCCCCAGCGCGAUUGCUGUCCUCCAGCCCCUGGCCCACAAGCAGUGGCUAUUCAUUCUUCCACCUGGCAGGACCUACGCCUUUCCCGCUGCUGAUGGGACCUCCAGGGCCCAAGGGAGACUGUGGUUUGCCGGGUUCCCCUGGGCUUCCUGGGCUUCCUGGACCCCCUGGUGCACGGGGGCGUCGGGGUCCACCUGGGCCUUAUGGAAAUCCAGGCCUCCCAGGCCCUCCUGGAGCCAAAGGACAGAAAGGGGACCCAGGGCUCUCACCAGGGAAGGCCCACGAUGGGGCAAAGGGUGACAUGGGCUUACCUGGGCUCUCUGGGAAUCCAGGACCUCUUGGACGAAAGGGACACAAGGGCUAUCCUGGACCAGCGGGGCACCCCGGAGAACAGGGGCAGGCAGGACCUGAGGGCAGCCCAGGGGCCAAAGGUUACCCUGGCAGGCAGGGGUUACCUGGACCAGUAGGAGACCCUGGCCCCAAAGGCAGCCGGGGCUACAUUGGACUCCCAGGACUCUUCGGCCUGCCAGGGUCUGAUGGGGAGCGAGGUCUUCCUGGCGUUCCUGGCAAGAGGGGCAAGAUGGGUAGGCCGGGGUUUCCGGGAGACUUUGGAGAAAGAGGCCCUCCUGGACUGGAUGGAAACCCCGGAGAACUGGGUCUGCCAGGACCCCCAGGAGUCCCCGGCCUCAUUGGCGACAUGGGAGUGUUGGGUCCUAUUGGUUACCCAGGACCCAAAGGCAUGAAGGGACUGAUGGGCAACGUGGGGGAACCCGGACUGAAAGGUGAUAAGGGUGAACAAGGGGUUCCGGGUGUGUCGGGAGAUACCGGAUUCCAAGGAGACAAGGGGAGCCAGGGAUUGCCAGGGUUUCCAGGUGCACGGGGAAAGCCAGGGCCCCUGGGCAAAGUUGGAGACAAAGGAUCCCUUGGGUUUCCUGGCCCCCCUGGGCCCGAGGGAUUCCCUGGAGACAUUGGCCCCCCUGGGGACAACGGCCCAGAAGGCAUGAAGGGUAAGCCUGGAGCCCGAGGCCUGCCGGGACCCCGUGGGCAGCUGGGCCCUGAGGGAGAUGAGGGACCCAUGGGGCCACCAGGGGCCCCUGGCUUAGAGGGUCAACCUGGCAGGAAGGGGUUUCCUGGGAGGCCUGGUCCGGAUGGCUUGAAGGGGGAGCCAGGCAAUCCUGGAAGGCCCGGGCCGGUGGGUGAGCAGGGACUUCUGGGAUUCAUUGGUCUGGUUGGGGAGCCAGGAAUCAUGGGAGAAAAGGGUGACCGGGGCAUGAUGGGCCCCCCAGGCAUGCCUGGCCCCAAGGGGGCGAUGGGUCAUCCUGGAACUCCAGGUGGCGUUGGGACCCCCGGAGAGCCUGGACCCCCGGGUCCUCCAGGAUCUCGAGGCUCACCAGGCAUGAGGGGUGCAAAGGGACGCUGGGGCCCCCGAGGACCAGAUGGACCAGCUGGGGAGCAGGGGUCCAAGGGCCAGAAGGGCCCUCCAGGACCACAGGGCAGACCUGGCCAGCCUGGGCAGCAGGGUGCAGCUGGCGAGCGAGGGCACGCGGGUUUGCGAGGCUUUCCUGGUAUCCCGGGUCCCUCAGGCCCCCCAGGCACCAAGGGCCUCCCAGGAGAACCGGGCCCUCAGGGACCCCAGGGGCCAAUGGGCCCUCCAGGAGAGAUGGGACCCAAGGGGCCGCCAGGUGCAGUAGGAGAACCAGGCCUUCCUGGGGAAGCUGGGAUGAAGGGUGACCUUGGGCCUCUGGGUACCCCUGGGGAGCAGGGCCUCAUUGGGCAGCGGGGAGAGCCAGGCCUUGAGGGUGACAGUGGCCCUGCAGGGCCUGAUGGGCUUCAGGGGGACAGGGGUGACCCUGGGCCUGACGGUGAACGUGGCGAGAAGGGUCAGGAGGGACUGAUGGGUGAAGAUGGGCCUCCUGGCACCCCUGGCAUCCCUGGCGUCCGGGGGCCUGAAGGAAAACCUGGGAAGCAAGGCGAGAAGGGCCGGACUGGUGCCAAGGGUGCUAAGGGUUACCAAGGACAGCUGGGUGAGAUGGGCGACCCCGGAGACACCGGACCCCCUGGUAACCCAGGCCCCAAAGGGUCCCGGGGCAGCAUGGGAUCAACGGGUGCUCCAGGCCGGAUGGGGGCCCAAGGAGAACCGGGACUGGCUGGUUAUAACGGACACAAAGGCACCGUGGGACCCCUCGGACCUCCUGGACCAAAGGGCGAAAAGGGGGAGCAGGGCGAGGAUGGCCAGUCUGAGGGGCCCCCCGGGCCACCUGGAGAUCGAGGCCCUGUGGGUGACCGAGGUGACCGUGGAGAACCAGGGGACCCUGGAUACCCUGGACAGGAGGGUGUACAAGGCCUGCGUGGGAAUCCCGGCCAGCAGGGCCAACCCGGGCAUCCGGGACCCCGGGGGCGGCCGGGACCCAAAGGAUCGAAAGGGGAAGAGGGACCAAAGGGAAAGCAAGGCAAGGCUGGGGCCCCAGGACGGAGGGGGACCCAGGGCCUGCAGGGGCUGCCGGGACCUCGGGGUGUGGUAGGGAGACAGGGCCCUGAGGGUGUCUCUGGACCAGAUGGGCUUCCUGGCAGGGAUGGUCAAGCAGGACUGCAGGGGGAGCAGGGAGACGAUGGGGACCCUGGCCCCAUGGGCCCUGCUGGGAAGAGAGGAAAUCCAGGUGUGGCAGGCUUGCCUGGAGCACAGGGGCCACCAGGAUUCAAGGGUGAAAGUGGGUUACCAGGGCAACUGGGUGCCCCUGGCAAACGAGGAACAGAGGGCGGAACAGGGCUUCCCGGGAACCAGGGGGAGCCUGGAUCCAAAGGCCAGCCGGGUGACCCUGGUGAAAUGGGCUUCCCAGGAAUGGCUGGCCUCUUUGGACCCAAGGGCCCCCCGGGAGACAUCGGCUUCAAAGGCAUCCAGGGCCCUCGGGGGCCUCCAGGCUUAAUGGGAAAUGAAGGCAUCAUCGGGCCCCUCGGAAUCCUGGGACCUUCGGGACGCCUGGGUCCAAAGGGCAACAAAGGCAGCCGAGGGGACUUGGGAUUGCAAGGUCCGAGGGGCCCUCCUGGUCCCAGAGGACAGCCCGGCCCACCGGGUCCUCUGGGGAGCCCUGUUCACUUUCAACAAGAUGACCUUGGGGCAGCUUUUCAGACAUGGAUGGACACUAAUGGAGCACUGAGAACAGAGGGUUACAGCCAUCCGGACCGGCUGGUGCUAGACCAGGGAGGGGAGAUCUUUAAAACCUUACACUACCUCAGCAACCUCAUCCAGAGCAUUAAGACGCCCCUGGGCACCAAAGAGAACCCCGCCCGGGUCUGCCGGGACCUCAUGGACUGUGAGCAGAAGAUGAUGGAUGGUACCUACUGGGUAGAUCCGAACCUCGGCUGCUCGUCUGACACCAUCGAAGUCUCCUGCAACUUCACGCAUGGUGGGCAGACAUGCCUCAAGCCCAUCACGACCUCUAAGGUUGAGUUUGCCAUCAGCCGGGUCCAGAUGAAUUUUCUGCACCUGCUAAGCUCUGAGGUGACACAGCAUAUCACCAUCCACUGCCUUAACAUGACUGUGUGGCAGGAGGGCACCAGGCAGACCCCAGCCAAGCAGGCUGUGCGCUUCCGGGCCUGGAAUGGGCAGAUCUUUGAAGCUGGGGGUCAGUUCAGACCGGAAGUGUCAAUGGAUGGCUGCAAGGUCCAGGAUGGCCACUGGCAUCAGACACUCUUCACCUUCCGGACCCAGGACCCCCAGCAGCUGCCCAUUGUCGGUGUGGACAACCUCCCUCCUGCCUCAUCAGGAAAGCAGUACCGCCUGGAAGUUGGACCUGCAUGCUUCCUCUGACCUCUGACCUCCUGGCUCCUCUAGGCCUCCAGGGGAAGGGAAGAGGAGGAGGCGGCAAAGGGAGGGUCCCUAGGGGCAGGUAGGCUCAGGAGAGGCAGCUCACCUGCCCAGUGAUCCCUGGGCAGGCCCUAGCCGUUGUCUGCUCAGUAAAAGUGGCUGAGGGGGCAGGGUAGCAGGGAACAGGGUGUCUGUGACAACAGCUGAUCCCAGCUUAGCCCGAAAGACCAACCAAAGAGCCAGCUGGAGCAAGCUGGGCCUGCAACCCGCCUGAGCCCCGCAGCCUAACUCCCAGCUCUGCGGCCACCCCCUUCCCUCUCCAGCUUCCUGCGCAGAGAGCCCCAUGUUCCAGUCAGCUUGAGGGGAGGGGGCAUCUCAUCAGCUGGUCCCUGCCAGGGGGCUUUGAUGUGCAAUAUUAGAGAGGAAACAUGAAAAAAGGAGAAAAGUGAAAGAAGAAGUAUAUAUAUUUUAUUUAAACACAAAGAAGGUGCAUUACUAUGUUUUUCACCUGGGAAGAGGUGAGAGGGUGAGAAAGAGCAGCCAGGGGGUGGGAAGCGACAGAGCCAAGAGGGAGAAGCGAGAUCCUUGGGGCUGGGGGUGCCCACGUUUGCUACCUCCCACUGUGAAAUCGCUGGUGCUCGCAGUUGUCUCAUAGCGUAUGUGAUUCUUAAGGGAAGAAAAAAAGCCUAUUUAAGAUUCGGAAGGUGCUACCAUUUUUACCACAGACUUUGAAGAACCUUUCUUGAUGUGGGGUAUCGUCCACAUUUUCUCCCAACGAUGAAGUUUGGGGAAUUUUUUAAUUUUCCUAGUAUCACCCUGUGCUCAUCAGGUAAUCUAUGAAAGGGGGAGCAGGGGAGAAAAAAACGCAAAGAAAAAAAACAAAAAACAACAGAAAAAAACACCUACCGGAAACAGAAAGAUUUACCUUUUAACUUAUGGACAUUGACAUGUGUGUCCUCUUAAGGCAGGGGGAGGCCUGAGCGUGAAGGGUUUUGACUGGGCCUUUCGUGGUCCUAGGAGGGCAGUUAGCCUUGUCUUGGGGGUGGUGGUGUUCGAUCUAGACUGUAGCGUCCUGGAAGAAGCCUUGACCCUGAAGAAACCAGGACCAGAGCAGUGCUGAGUCAAGGCUGGCCUUGGAGGUGGGAGGUGGAGUGUAAAUAGGAAGCGGCUCAUAAAGCCACGUACCAGCCCGAAGGUCCUUCCCUCCGGGAGCAUGUCCUUCCAAGCGUCGGGCGUCCCUUGCUUGUUCAUUGUCUUUACAUCUGGAGAAACUCAGUGUCAUUAGCUCCAAGUAUAAAUGUGGGCUGAGGAAAAGGAAGAAUUAUGGGAAUCUCAGCAUGGUAGAGGGAUAUUCAGUGAAAUCUGAAUUGUCCUAUAUCAGAGAACAGUCAACACCCAGGUUGGAUUUUGAGGUAAACUAUGGAGUUAUUUUUAUAAAGGGGAAAUUUUAUGUGAAAGUCUAUUUGUGUCUUAUUUUCUUCCCCCCUAAAAUUGUGUCUCUUUGGGAAUUGGCUUUGAUUUUCAUUAUUUAAUACCUCACUCCGGCCCACCCUCCCCCCCAGCCACUUCCUCUGUCCCCGCCCUCCGGCCCAGCCCCGGCCCUCCCCGUGGAAGUGCAUGUUUGUAGCAGCUCGGGCCUCAUCUCAGUGCUAGGUUUCCGUACACUGCCAGUCUCCACCUGGUCUCUGUCUUUCUUGUUCUUCGUUUCUUUCUCCUGUCCUUGUUUUUUGUCUCUGUCCACAUGUCAGUGUGUUAAAACCCCAGUGGGUUUCGUUUCUCCUUUUCACUUCUGGAUUUUAAUAAAUAUUUAAAACUGA